UGGAUGAAGUGUACUAACUUGUGUGCCUUUCUGGCAAUACUUUCCCUGUCCGGAGCCUACAAGAUAACAUCGAAUGUGAUUGAUGGUGUUCCUGGGUUCCUGAAUAUAACCACAGCUCCAUUUAUAAAGAUCGGCUCCAACUACUACUUAAUUGAAAGUAAGGAAGUUAAUUGGUUUGAUGCCUCCGAGUCUUGUAACCAAAUGGAAGCUGAUUUGGUAGCGUUUGAAAGCUUAGAGGAGUUGCAACUUGUGUCUCAAUACAUUAUUGAUAACGAUAUAACCACAAUUCUAUGGACUUCGGGAACUGAUUUGGCCAAACAAGAUAGGCACGUUUGGUUUUCCAAUGGAAGGCCCGUGGCUUCAAAUCUACGGCGCAAAGGAGAGCCAAAUAAUGCAGGCGGUGUGGAACACUGCGAUGAGCUUAACAUCCAAGUGAAUUUAGGUAUGGGUCUAAACGACAGGAGGUGCGAGUUUUUAAAUGGAUACAUUUGCAAGGCACGCCAGCCAAAAACAGCUUCAUUCAUCGUGUGGUAGAUUAUAUUUAGAGUUUUGUUUGUGAUUCCAAAUAUCUAUCAAUAAAAUGACCUCCGAUAUUA